AUGUCGCGCACCAAGGCGAGUAGGGGCCAGAGCGCCGAUCUGAUCUUGGUAGACGAGGUGGGAUUUGUCAGCUCCAAAGUGCUACUAGCCGUUCUCCCCAACAUAGCGUUCAGGGGACGUAAACAAGUUCACAUCACCAGUCACGUCAAUAACACCCCUUGGUUGAAUAAAGUAGCAGACAUCCGUGGGGACGACGGAGAACCCGCCUAUCACGUUGUAUCGCAGAGCUUCAAGUGUAAACACCACGCCAGGGACCCGGAUUCCACCUGCGUUUGCAUGGGAAUCUACUGUCCCCAGCACAUUUCCGUAGACAACCAUCUGAAGCAACUGAUGAACAUAAUUGUGCCUAGGGGCUUCGAGAGCGAGGUGACGGGUAGCAGCAGCACGUCCUCUUCGGACACCAAGUGCGACACGACCACUCCGUUCGAGGCUUGCAUCAUAAACAAGUUCCUAUCCAGCAACUGCAUGGAGUUGGAACGCAUGGUCCAGAGUAGCGUGGCCAGGGCCUACAUAUGCAUGGACCCGACGUUCGGCGGAGGCUCCAAGUCCUGCGCCGGAGUGUGCUGCGCCGUGGAGCUAAGCGGUGGACAAAUGGCGGUGGUGGGCUUAGAGGAGUUGGAAAUAGCGGACCUGGAUCAAGUGACUCGCGUGUACUCGGCUCUGCUGUGCGCUCACGUCAGGCUAUUGAAGGUGCUCAUGCCCAGAGUCAUGUGGAAGGAAGUGCCCGUGGUUAUAGUAUUCGAACAAAACACGUACGUCAACGCACUCGUGGACGUGAAGAACCUGAUGGAACAAUCGCUGUUGGGUUCGGGGUCUUUGAUUAAAUUCUACAGCAAAUGGUCUCACGUCAACAACAAAUACAUGCUCGGGAAACACGUCAGCGCCAAGACCAAACUCGACAUGGUGCUCAGCGCGGUCUCCGGCAUAUGCAAGGGUGCGCUUUGUUACUGUGACACCGUGAUGUCUCUAGGCUGGGCCGUGCUUUCCGAGGCCACGAAGAAGACCAACGCUGUAGAAAUGACUAUGGGCUACACCAAGGGUGCUGGUUCCAGCAACCGAAUGGGUUCGACUAUGAACGUGGGCAUGUACAAGCGAUCUCGCAGGGGUGGCAAUCUCCCCACAGCUAUCACCUCGAGCGUGCUGGAGUCGCACGAUGUGAUAUCGUUACCGGAUCACAGGUUGACGGACAAAAUGCACGCGGAGCAGGGCAAGUUGCUACUGGGUAAACUGAGAGAGGAAAUGUCCAUGGUCACCAUAACAAAAUCACAGAAGGGCUUGGAUGUCGUGAGCACGGGCGGCAAAAGGUCCGUGGCCGGUCAGUACACCAGAGACGACAUGAUUUCAGCUUUCCUUUUGUUGUGUCACACCAGAGAAGAGUUACAACAAGGGGGGGAAAUGGUCCGGGUGCAGGGCGAAGUGUAUUACAGGUGA